CGCUCUGUUUGCGCUCAUGUCUGAACCUUGUGCCUGUCGGCUUAGAUGUGAGAGGACUGUCCGCCCUUCCUUUCGAUAGGAAACUCGUACUGACGUAAAGGAACCAGAGCAGGCAGAUCCCCGUGUUAAUUAAGAGCGUUAAUGUCACUGUUUUAGUGAAUCUAUGCGGCCUGUCUCAUUCUGCUCGCACUAAAUUAACCAGGUUUGGUGACUACAGGGCGGACAGGAAAAAACAGCCACCGACAGGGACAUACGAGAGGAAAAUAAGCAGUGUUUGGCAUGGCUGAUCUGCUGAGGCUGCUGCUGCGGGUGGCUGAGAAAGCGGCUAACGUGGCUCGGGUCUGCAGGCAGGAGGCUCCUCUCUUUCAGCUCCUCGUACAAGAGAAGACCGGAGAUGACAAGAACAAGAAGUUCGUCCAGGACUUCAAGACUCUCGCUGAUGUGGUGAUCCAGGAGAUGAUCCGACAUGACGUUGGUGCUCAGUUCCCUGAAAUGGCUGGCUUCAUUCAUGGAGAGGAGUCCAACAAGUUUGAAAAUGGGCUUGGAGAGAGUGUGACCGUCACAGUGUGCGGUACAGAAGAGGAAACCGCAGCGCUGCUGGCCGCGGUGCUGGAUGGAGACCACACGGCGGCGUCUCUGCUGGCUCGAGCCAUCCACCAAAACCCGGCGAACAUCGACAGCAGCACUGAUGGUCUGACGGUGCCCCUCAGCCCCUCUGAGCUCGGCAUCUGGAUCGACCCCAUAGAUGCCACCAGCCAGUACAUAGAGGGCAGAGAGGAGGUGCUGGAGAAGGGUCACCUGUCUCCUUCUGGUCUGCACUGCGCUUUGGUUCUGAUCGGGGUUUACCUCCGGAGCACAGGCGAGCCUGUCAUGGGCGUCAUCAACCAACCAUUCAACUACAAAGAUCCCUCAGGUGGAGGCUGGAGAGGGAAGCACUUCUGGGGUGUGUCCUGUGGCGACAUCAACGUCUGCUCGCUGUCCCGGCCCAAAGGUAACUCUGAAAGCGGGCGAGGUCUCUCUGUGGUGCUAAGCUCCAGUGAGAAGCAGGUAGUAAAGGAAUCCCUGACCUCACUGUGCAGCCCCGAGCAGCUGGUCUACGCCUCUGGAGCCGGCUACAAGAUCCUGUGCGUCAUUCAGGGCCUUGCUGACGUCUACGUCCUCUCAGAGGGCAGCACCUUUAAGUGGGACUCGUGCGCCCCUCAUGCCCUGCUCCGAGCGCUCGGAGGAGGAGUGGUGGACCUGACUAAGAGUCUGCAGUCCAGCUCUGGAUCACAGGAUCACCAGACAGAACUGACCUAUCACCAGCCUUACGCUGAGUGUAAAGGAGCCGACCGCUGGGCUAACCAUGGCGGCCUGGUGGCUUAUCGAGACUGUUCUCAGCUCCGCAGCAUCGUCGCGGCCCUGAAAGGCAAGCUGUAGUUGAAAACACAGUGGAUGUAGUCAGCAUACACUGAUGCAGUUAUUGUUAUGUAUAUGAUCAUAUUCAUUUUUUUUCUAUAUCAGAGGAUAGAAAGUUGGCAUUGAAGGAUGAAAUAUUUUAAUUAUAAUGAAUACUGUAUUAUUUUUAACCAUAUAUAUAUGCAAGUGUAUAUUUUACAAGGUAAACUUCAGGUCUGGGCCAAAAAAUAUUUGCAAAUAUUGUUUAGUUUUUAGUCUUGAGGUUCAGGGGGAAAACGUUUAGCAAAACCUGAGUGAAUCUAAUUCAUUUGAGAACAAUAAGCAAACAAGAGCGCACUGAUGCUGGCAAGGCUAUCAAGCUUCAGGUUAGAAAGAUUUGUUCAGAAAGCAAAAUGAAGUGUAAUGUAUGGGAACUUAACAGGUGAUGCUCAUGCAUCAAACCUCCGUGAAAUCCAAAAUAUGAAAAAGCCAAUUUUAUUCUUGGGUUCAUUGUCAAUAUAUUGUACCAACUGAGACAUGCAGGAAGAUGCUCCCAGUUCAGUCGUCAGUUCAUAGAAAUUCACUGAAUUUAAACAUUGGGAAGUCUGAGGCCAAAUGUUUUCUGGCAUCGAAAAGAGAAAAUGACAGAAAAAGUUUGGGAACCGCUGAUUUACAUCUCACCAGACUGGUGUAACUUCCCUCACAGGACAGCACAAUGGACGGCAGAAAGUUUAGACAAUCAGAUAAUGCUCUGGUUACUUCCUCCUAGCAGCUACAACAAACUUAACAUUAUUUGUGAAUUCUGUUAAGCUCAGGCCUGAUAGGCAUUUAUUAAACAUUUGCUAAAGCUUUGUAA